AUGGCGCUGUCCCGCAGCAUGGCCGCACCCGUCGUCUUCGUCGUCCUCCUCCUCGUCGCGACAGAGACGGUGACUGCGAGGGUCGUCGCAGAUGAGACGCACUGCCUGUCGCAGAGCCACACGUUCAAGGGCAUGUGCUUCAGCAGCGAGAACUGCGCCAGCGUGUGCAAGUCGGAGAACUUCCCCAGCGGCGAGUGCAAGAUGCACGGCGCCACCAGGAAGUGCUUCUGCAAGGUGGUCUGCUAG